UUUUCAGACAAUUUCAUGCAAUCAACCGUGAAAAAAGCGCUAACGGGUUUGAUAGGUAUUGAUAUAGCCGUUGGUAUAGCGUUUGUUUUAGUGGUGAAUCUUGUCGGUAAUGGAUCUGAUAAUAAAAAAGAUGAAAAAGAUGUGCCCGCGGUUUUCUUUGCUAUGCACACCGAUAAGGAUGCAAAUGUAGUGCGGCUUGUAGCUGACGAAAAUGAAAACGAGGAUGAAUGCAGUUUAGCCAAGAAUGUCAAUGUCACUAAAGCGGCGAUCAACGAAAUAAAAAGUCAACAAUUUCGGUUUAUUUUCUUCACGGAUAAAGCAAUCGCAUCGAAACGCAUGGAAUCGUCGGAUGCUCUCAAGGAGUUGGAUGAAGUUGAAAAUUUGACAGAUCUGCAAACAAAUUUCAAACAAUUACCGGUUUUGAGAGAAUUUUUGAACAAGAGUGGUGAUGGUGAUUCCCUUAUAUACUACAUUCCGUGCAGAUUCAACAAUAGCGCAGGUGGCGAUGACAUGGAAGAUUUUGUUAAAGAAUUAAAUGCUAGUGGUAUGAAACAAAGUAUGCUGUUUGUCUCAGCUAUUGAGGAUGGCGAUACUAUCAAGGAAUGGUAUAAAUUAGACAAAGGGAACGUUGUUGGAAAAGGCGAAAGCGUAGUGGAAAGGAUAAAAGAAUUUGUCGCACCGAAAACAACUACUACUGCAAAGCCGAGCCCUACUGAAGCCUCCGUAACUACACUGAGUACAACAGAGGUGUCUAUUACCGAGCCGAGCUCCACUGAAGCCUUAACUACACCGAAAACAACAGAGAUGUCUACCACCGAAAAUAGCCCCACUGAAGCCUCCGUAAGUACUCUGAAUACAACAGCGACGUCCAUCACCACUACGACUAGUGUUAUAACGGAGCUCGUCUCAACUGCGUCUGAAAGAACAGCGACAGAGCAAAAUAUAACGGUUGUAACGGAAUGAUGCAAAAUUGAUACACGCUAUGAAAUGAUUUCUCUGUAUUUAUAUAUCAAGAAGCACCGCAAAGCUUUUUCAUAUUUUCUUCUGUUUCUUUGCACAUGAUAACGUUUCUAUAUUUGAAGUUUGCAUGUUGUUGGAAAUGAAAGCAUGAUGUGUUUGGG